AUGGUCUUUGCACGUGGCGAUGUCUGCGGGCACGAUGACGAGGUCAUAGAACACCAUAUGCCAGAGAACGGCGUCGAGAUCGUGUUCUGGAAUGGCCCGAACGAUCGUGAAAAUCCGUAUAAUUGGCCACUUCGACAAAAAUGGACCUUGACCCUGCUGGCGGCGUUCGCGACGUUCAUCACCAUGGCCAAUGGCACGAUCAUCACGGUAGCGCAUGAAUCAAUCAAUGAAGAGUUUGGCAUUUCUGAUACCAAUUUCCCACACUCCUACUGGCCAGUAACCUCCUGGACCGUCGGAGGUGCUUGCUCUUCGCUUUUGAUACUGCCACUGAUGGAGGAGUUUGGUGCGCGGCGAGUGUUUUUGAUGACCUAUGUGAUCUUCUUCUGCUUCGUGAUCCCUCAAGCGCUGGCGCAGAACUUUGCCACGCUGAUUGUCACGAGGUUCUUCGCUGGUGGCUGCGUCUCGAUCCUGGCCAAUACCGCGGCCACAGUGAUUGGAAACAUCUGGGACGACGAAAAGGCACGAAACAUCCCAGUCAGCCUGUACAUCGUCACCUACCUGGCGGGUGCGAGUAUCGGGCCCGUGAUCGGUGCGCCUAUCUACCAUUUCCUCUCGUGGCGAUGGAUCAGCUACAUGCAGCUGACCUGGCUGGGUGCAUUCUUCCCAGUCUACUUUUUCUUCUUCAAGGAAUGCCGAGGUAUCGCCAUCCUGGGUCAGCGAGCCAAGAAGCUGCGGAGGGAAGGUCGAUCGGCGUACACCCAGCAUGAGAUUGAUAGUCAAGGGACAUCCUUGUUGAUGAUUGUUGCCCGAAGCGCGACGCGGCCCUUAAUCCUAUUCUUCACCGAGUCAGUGGUGUUUGUCAUGUUCAUGUGGUCUGCCUUUACCGUGGGCGCGUUGUAUCUCUUCACUCAGUCGGUGGAGCAAGUGUUCAUCGGGCUGUACGACUGGACCCCCGUGCAAGCCGGGUACAUACAAUCCGCCGUGGUGGUGGGAGAAGUCUUGGGCUGGGUAGUCAAUCUGGCAUCGGGGCCAAUCUACUUCAAUUCAGCCGCGCGAAACACAGAGACUCCCGGCACCCCUAUCCCGGAGGCACGGCUCUAUCUGGCAAUCGCAGGAGGCGUCGUCGGCAUAUCUGGAGGCAUGUUCACUUAUGCCUGGACCUCCUAUCCAAGUUUCCCCUGGAUUGCGCCUGCGGUUGGUCUGGCCAUGGUCGGGUGCGGGAGCAUGGUUGUGGUGACCGGCCUGUCAGACUAUGUUGUCGAUGCAUACGCCAAAUACGCCGCCAGCGCCGUUGGAAUCAUCGUGACGGGCGAAAACCUCUUCUCGGCGUUUUUGCCACUCGCGGCGAUGAGCAUGUACAAGACCCUUGGCUUCCACUGGGCGAGCACACUGCUGGCGUUCAUCUCUCUUGCCCUCUCCUUUGCGCCGAUUCUCUUUGUCGUUUUGGGAAAGCAAAUCCGAGCUCGGAGCCCGUUCAUGAAGGAAGCCAUGUUGGACAAGAGACGGAAAAGCUUGGACUCGACGGUCUAG